AGAUAAAAUACACUAUAUAGCAGUGUCGUCACGGAAGUGAUAAGUCAUCAAAAACGUAUAAAUUGAUAAUUGUAAAAUAUAUUAGUGUCUUACAGCGUUAUAGUUUUAAUAGUAAUUUAAUGUAAAGUGUGUAAUCUUAGAAAGAUUCAUCGUGUUAAAGUUUAGUAUUUUUGAUAAAAAUAAUUUACGUCGUGUGUAAGUUUUGAAGGAGGCCAUCUUUGCAAUCUAAUAUUGGAGAUCCUUGGCUCACCGUUUCAUUGUCUGGUAAAAAGCCAGUAUUUAUUACACAUAUUAGACAUCAAAUGGCUUUAAAACGAAUUAAUAAGGAAUUACAGGAUCUUGGCAGAGACCCUCCAGCACAAUGUUCAGCAGGUCCUGUUGGAGAUGAUUUAUUUCACUGGCAAGCAACAAUAAUGGGACCACCUGACAGUCCAUACCAAGGAGGAGUGUUUUUCCUAACAAUACAUUUCCCUACAGACUAUCCGUUUAAACCACCCAAAGUAGCAUUUACAACAAGAAUAUAUCAUCCUAACAUUAACAGUAAUGGCAGUAUUUGCCUAGACAUAUUACGUUCUCAAUGGUCUCCUGCACUUACAAUUUCAAAAGUGCUGUUAUCCAUCUGCUCACUACUUUGUGAUCCUAAUCCAGAUGAUCCAUUAGUUCCGGAAAUCGCUAGGAUAUACAAAACUGAUCGGGAAAAGUACAACGAGUUAGCGCGUGAGUGGACUCGCAAGUAUGCCAUGUGAUGCCCCGGCCCCCGAAACCCCACCACAAUUCACAUGUUAGAUGAAAACAACUAUAUUUCAUUCAUUCAACAUUGGGGGGGAUGAUCCUACAGCCUAACUACAUUUUCGGUGUUGUCAACUGUACAUUUGCUUUGGACUGGGCUCACUCCCUGCCGUUCACCACAAUAUUCAGUCUAUUUUAUAUUAUAGUUUCUAAUGCAAUUAUAUAAAACGUGAUUACAAAGUAAUUUAACGUUUUUGGUUGUUUUAAUAAAUACUACAUUGUGGUUUUAAGGACCUAUACAUUUUGGUUGCGUUUUUUCUAUUUAUAACACAAUGUCAUGUUGAUAAAAAUUGGCUUGUUUUGUUUUAUUUCGAUUUUAUCCCGAAAGUUGAACCCAACACAACUAAAGUUAUGUUAAUAAUAAUAAUAAUUCGCGGGUUCAUGUGAAAAAGGCAAAAUGCAUUGAUUUUUUAUUUAAACUAUUAAUUUUUAUGCAGAUUUUUUUGCAAUAUACACUAUUUUUUAGUGUUUUGAAGUUACCCCGUUUUCGCAUAUACUGGCAAAUUAAUAUAUAGGUCUUGUGGUUCAAUUAGGUGUAUUAUAAAUAUUUUAAUUUUUUGCCUUUCUGAUUGUAAUAUUUUAAAAUAAAGGUUAUUUAAAAUGUAUAGAAAAAUAUAAA